AUGAAUUUUGAUGAUGAUAUUGAUACCAGGAACGAUGAUAAUUCACUUGACCUUCUUGAUAAUAAUUUUAUCUAUAAUGACAAUGAAGCACUUGAUGAAGAUCUUAGUGAUAACAAUAUAAUCCUACCUGCAACUCCAAUUAAUAAUAAUUCAACUACAAUAUUUGUUGGCCAAACUUUUGAUGACUGGCAAAAGGUUGAGAAAUAUAUUAAUGCCUAUGCGAUAAGUAAAGGGUUUGCAACCAGAUUACAACGUACUAACAAAAUCAUAGACUUUACCACCAGAGCAAAAAUCAUUUGUCGUCGUGCUAAUGCUCCGGUUCGCUGGGCAAAAACCAAAUAUUAUGUAAGAAGUGUUAAUCUUGAGCACAACCAUCUUUUGGACACUGCUGCAGUUAUGUUUGACCCCAGACAUCGCAAAUUAAGCAAUAGUGAAAAAUCACAUAUACAAAUGCUUUAUAAUGGAGGCAUGCCAGUACCAACAAUUGUUAACAUGCUAACCGAACAAUAUAAUAGGUAUAUUCAUAAUAAGGAUGUCUAUAAUAUAUUAAAUAACCGAUCUAGGGACUACGUAAACGGCUUGUCAGAAACUGCAAAUCUAUUAAAUAGUUUAAGCAACAAUGAUAAAUAUGAAAUUACCUACUCAGUUAAUAAUAGCAAGCUUCAUUGCCUAUUUUUCACUACUAAUUCUGCACUUGCAAUGUUUAAAUGUUAUCCAGAAAUUUUACUAAUAGAUUCUAUGUAUAAGACAAACCGUUUUGAGAUGCCACUUCUGCUUAUCUAUGGUGUUGACACUAUGGGUAUCACAUUUCUAAUCGCAAGUAGGCUUCUUGCCAAUGAAACUACUUCAAGCUUUUGCUGGAUACUCCAACAAUUAAAGCAAUUAAUUGGUGAUAUACUUGUUUACAAUAUACGAAUGCUUUUAACUAAUUGA